AUGCGCUGCAUUUUGUCUGCCUGCACCGGGGUUAGGGGGCGAUGGGUGUGGUCCACUGCACUACUGCAUGGCGUCCUGAUGCUCAUGCCGAUGAUGUCUCUGUCUCUGUGUUUGUGUGCAGGUGCGGGUGGACGAGGAGGAGGCCCUGCAUGCCGUCGACCGGGCGGCCGCGGACGCCUACAUCGACCUCGAGGAACGCGCCGCCGAGGAGGACUGGCGCCGCUUCCAGGGGAGUACAGAACCACACACGCACAACACUCACUACAUCUCUCCCCCUCUGUGUGUGUGCUGUGUGCAGUGAGGAGGAGGCCGCCCUGUUGGAGGAGGAGGCCGCCAAGUUCGGCGCCACCAACCUCACUACGGGCCCCGCCCAGGACCACUAUGCCUUCCCCGGGCCGCAGGCCAUCGGUAGGCACACACAGACCGACCGACAGAGAGGCAGACAGAGAGAGGGAGCUGGGAGGGGGGACAAUACACACACCCACACCCACACACCCACACACACAUGCAUCCCCUCCUCUCUCUCCCUGUCUGUGUGUCUGUCUGUGUGGUUGGCUCCUGUGGUCCGCUCCCUUCCUCAGCCCUGCCCCACAACAACUACCAUCCUCCACCUGCCGUGUGUGGUGUGCCCAACUUGGCCCUGCCUGUGCUGCCGGCGUUUUAUGUGCCGCCCCUGGGCCCCGUGGAGAUGUUCAAGUUCACCUCGACGCCCAUGUGUGACGUGCCCUGGGCGGUGCGGCCGACGCUGCUGGCGGCACGGGCUGUGCAGCGGCUGCGGGAGGGCCACCCCAAAGCGAUGGUCGACAGGUGGUUCUGGCAGGAGAUGAGCCAGGCCAUCGGGCUGCCCUGA